CCUUUUCUUUCUCCUGGAGGUAAAAGGAAUCUGGGCGGGUGAAACAAGAAAUAAGACGGGGGAGUAGUGACGGGCCUGACUCUGUAAACCGGGGAGGAAGAGGACCGUUCGUCUGCAAUUGAAUUAUCCAAUUUGCUUAAUGCUUUGCAACCGCACAGACGGAAUGCCUCGAGGAGACUUCAACAUCUAUUUUGCCAGCAGCCGACGUGGAUUUGUCCGAGCUGAAGAGGCGGUCGGUAUUAUUCUGCUGGUCAUCAUCCUGGCUGCGCUUCUCCUCCUGGGCUGCUGGUACUUUAAGAGGAGGGGUGGCUACAAAAAAAUAAGGAGCUCCAGGUCUGGGUCACCGACUUACACAGGAGGCCAAUAUUCCGAGGCUGGACCUUCUGCAGAAAACAAGAUGGCGCUGAUUGAUUUUGGCAGCCUACGAUCUAUGCCGAAUGCUCCUCCAGCCUAUGAAAAGAUCUCCUCAGGGCCAAUGCCUCCUCCCUAUUCACCCUAAAAACAGGACAACUAACCCGAUGCCCAGACGAGAAUAAAGCACGAGUUCAUCUGACGCCACAAUCUAACUGUUAAUCUUGUGUGUCUAAUAUUUACACAAUGUGGUUUCAAACCAGGAUUAAAAACUCUACCAUCAAUGGG